AUGGUGGGUUGGCCAUCCGGUGGCAUCUUAAAUGUGUAUCACGUAAUCCUUAACCAUUAUAAAAGUGCAAAAUUUGCUACUAUUCCUUAUGAAUAGUAUUUUUUGGUAUUAUGACAUAGCUGCCCUUAAUUUUAAGGAAUUGCCAACUUUUCCCUUGUUUAGGCACUUGGAUUUUGCCAUCUGAAUUGGAAAGGCCAGCUGUUCUUAGUGGCUUUUGUUGCAGUGACAGCUGGGGAUUCGGGUGCUUCUCGUGAAUUUGGUUUGGCCUUGGCUGGGGUAUUUUGUGUUGCUGUGGUUUUGGCACGCUCUGGGUUGGAUGAUGAGGUGUGGAAGAAAGAUGCUUUCGUUUGGGUGCUUGCCUAAGAAUGGGUGUUUUGCUGGUAGCAUUGUUCGUGCCGGUGCUGUUGGAGUUUUCCCUGUUGUGGUGUUGUUAGAAAAUCUGUUAAGGUUAUGGCUAGACGUUUAAACAAAGUCUUUGUCCCUUUUCAGCCUCUUUUGGAAAAGGUUGUUGCUUGGCUGCAUUUUCCAUCUCCAGUGUAUGGAUUCAUAGAUGCCGAUAAGAACAAUGUCUUUGUACGGGUUAAUAGGCCAAACUCCCGUGCACGGUUCAUCUUCUAUGGUGGAGAUGCCAGUUCAGUUGAAGAAUCUCGUGAGAGAGCGGCUCAUAAGGCUGUGAAGAGAUUGAUAUGUCGGUUUAGUGUUUGGGUGUCUGAUUUCACAUAUGAGCGCAUUAAGAUGUAUCGUUUGUGUGUCAAGUUGUAUAAGAAUCGAUGCGCUGAAUUAGUGCAGGACAGAGAAGACUUGACUCGCUUUUCGGUCAGAGUGCAGCACAAGAGAGGGUGUGGCAUUUAAUGAUGCUCAUGUCUCGGUUGAUUUUGCAGCGUUUUUGGGGGUUUUAGUGAGAAAGACCGGUGUUACUGUGACUGCCAUUGAGACUACUAAGUUAGAAGGUCAUGGUUAUAUGUCUUGGCUAAUGGUUACCUGCCCUCCUAAUAAUAUUCCCAUGGAGUGCAUUUUUAGUGACCCUUGCCCUGAAACAACCAUUGCUGAGCAAAGAGUUGCAAAGAAAGCAUGCUUCUUCAUAGCUUCUGUGUUUAACCUAGAGAUAGUAGAUGCUAACUAUGGUGCAGCUGUGAAGAUCAGUGAAGAGUGUUUCUUAGUGAGGGAAGUAUUUGCUUUUGAAAGGUCAUAUUGAGUGCUUGGAAAGAAGUCCUAGCCAACCUGAACCUGCUAAUUGUUUGGUGAACGCUGAAUGUAUCACACCAACUGCUGAAGCAAACCAGAUUCCAGCUCUAGCUCUUCCACCGACUCUUUCAAAUAAGCGCAAGACUGCUUUGAAUGAUCUGUCUAAGAGUGGUGUGGAGGUGCAGACUUCUGAACGUCUUGUUACUCUUAUUUUAAUCAUUUGGUUUUGUCUGAAAAAGUUUAAUUUCAGGAUUUUGCAAUCUUCACUGGAAUUCCAAUAUAGUCUGUUCUGUUCCUUUGAAUUAUAGAUUAGACUAUACUAAAAUUCUUGGAUUAUUUGUGUGUUUCAAGAAAUUAUCGUUAAUAUUAUGGUGAGCUUACUUUAGGAUUAACUGCUUCACUAUCAAAGUAUCAAGUUGACCAAAUUGUUAGCCUUUAACAGCUUUUGUUCUUGGUGGUUGAGUAUUGUGUGUGUUUACUCAAAAUUACUGUAUUCUUACUGUUACAGAAAAUAUGUUUUGCAGAGCGGUGUUGUCUUUGAGAAGUGUCUACAGCCCUAUGAUUCACAUAUUCCCUUCCUUAGCAACUUGAAGUGAAGUUCAAAUUUCUAGAAUUAAGAAAAAUUCCAUGUCUUGCUGCUAUAUCUGUGGCUACUCUUCUCUAUACAUUGCUAUCCAUAUACAUGCUGCAAUUAUGUAGAAUAGUCUUGCUUGACCUCUUUUGCUCAUUCCUAUGUUAUAUGAUUUGAUUUGAUUUGAUUGGCUUAGUCGGUUAGUCCUCUUUAUAUGUUGCGAGCUGAUGGAUGGUAGGUCUCAACUCUCAAGAAUUGGGAGUUAACAAAAUCUUUAUUUUUGUUUUGGGUAAGCAUGUUGAGACUUCUGCUGCUGCUGCUGCUGUUAAAUGCAGACCUGAAAAAGUUGUAACAGAAAAAUCAGUUACUCCAACUGUAAAGUCUAAUGUGGCAAGUCCGAGGUGUUCGGUUUCACAUAAUCAUAAUAAGAGUAGGAGACUUUCUGAUGCUGCAAGAAUCUCCACAACAUCAUCUUCCUCCUCUUCUGCUAACAGAAUUCAGGAACGACAGUCGUCAGGUGAUCAAAGCGAGGCUGGAACUCCACGAGCUCCUUCAGGGAACAUACUGCAGUUGCCACAAAUCAAUAGCCUGAAACAGAAGUGUGUUACUCCUAACAGUAACACCAUUGUCAAUAAGACUUUGGAAAUUAAUAAUGUUACCAUGGGAUAUAUACUAAGGAGAAACAGUACUGAUGAACCGCGAUUUCAGAGUUCACUCAGUAAAUUGGAUCCUGAGGAGUUAAAAUCCUUGGGAAAUGACAAGUACAAGCAGGGUAAAUAUGAAGAAGCUUUGGUGUUGUAUGAUCAGGCUAUAGCUAUUUUAUACAUAAGCAUCACAGAUUUCUAAGACUGAACUAAUGGAGUUCUCUUAUUUGGCGUGGGCUGCGUAGCGUGGGAGAAAUCUGAAAAACUUUGAAAAUUCACAUGUGAGCUCGGUUUUCCUUGCCUUUGGGUUUAUGAAGAUGGUUCAUGAUUAUGAGGAGUAUGCUGUGAGGAUCGCAGAACCAAUCCAAUGGACCAUUUGGGUAAUAUUUUGGUGGCAGCGGUACAUGCUGAAGCUGCGAGGUGGACUGCUAUUGUGGCAGAAACGACUGCUUGCUGGUUUGGUGUACAAAUCGCACUGAGGAUGGGCUACUCAAAGGUUCAUAUGGAAUGUGAUGCUACCAAUGUGGUUCAAGGUAUGAAGACAAAUGUCGUGGGACUAUCCCCUUUUCACCAGUUUAUUGAUGCAAUUAGCAUAACCUCAAAAGUAACAAGUGCAUUUUAUUUCACUUGGGUGAUAGAGGCUUCGGAUGUAGCAUGUUCUGUGCAGCAGGUCAAUAGUUACUUUCGAGUUUGAGGCUGUCGAUGACAGUGGAAUGAUGUCAUUUACAACCUUUAGUGAUGAUACAGAAAAGCUUUUCCGUAUGACAGCAUCUGAAAUCUGGAACAUGAAAACCACUGGGAAUUUGGAAACAUUCAAGGCUGUACAAGAAACACUAUCGACAAAGCCUUUCUUCAUUCAGGUAACUCCGACUCUGGAGUUAGCGAGGAAUAGUGUUCUGUUAUGGACUUUGAAAGCCAUUGAGGUAGAAGAUGCACAGCCAGAGACUCAAGUCCUAGGUUCAUCAUCUGCUAAUCUUAACAAGGAUCAGACUCCCUUUACACCUGAUAAGGCACACAGGACAGACCAGGCAUUCAUGAGUGAGGCUGCGGCUCAUAGCAAGAAAGACUUCAACAUCUCACCAAGCACAACUAAGGCUCAUGGAAAAGCAAUUGCUGCUUCUAGACUAGAUAGCAAUGCUAAUUAUAGUCAGGACAAUACAGAAACAAGCGAUGAGGUUCUUGCUGAAAUAGCCCAGCUUCAUGAAUUCAGGCUAGCUUCUGAAGCAUUUGACACAGAUUGCUUUGAUAUUUCAAUUCAGCAACCAAAUAAAGGACUUACAAUUUCAGAGCCACCAACUUCAGUCACUGAACUUCCUACAUGGAACAAGCUUACUCGCACACGAAGCAGUGUCAAGAAUAAGGAGCCAAUGUCUGCUGAUGAGAUGCAGGAUUCAGAUGAUGAAGAUCAUGUUCCUAGGAAGAAGCUCCGAACAGCACUGUUCAAGGAAGCUGCUGAGAAAGAAAUUUCUGAAAACAAAGGGUAAUCUGAAAGCAUCCUCAAAAAUUUAUGAAUGAAACCAGCUAAAAAUAUAUAGAUACUAAGCAGCGUUUGCUAAAAGAAUAUUAGUACUAAUGAAUCUCUAUUAUAAGGUAGUUUGCUAAGUUUGAAAAGCUUUUGGAUGUUUAGAAGGAACAUUUUGGGCAUCGUAUGUUCCCUAUAAACAUCAGAUAUGUAUAUAGAGUACUGAAACUAUGUAAUAAGGACUGGCCUGUAGUAACGAUAGUGUCUUAGACACCCUAUUAAGUAGAACUUGACAAUCAAUGUUUUAGCUAAUACACAUUUGCCAAGUCAAUUAGAAGUCUUUGGAAACUAAAGUACAAAGCACAUGAUUAUAUAA